CGGAGCCGACUCCCCCCGCAUCCCCUUCCCCCGACCACGACCUCUCUCACGAAGCGACCAGAGCAGCCUCGGACCCCCGCGCAGGACCCACGGACGGAUCUUGCUGCAGCUGCGGUGGAGCAGGAUGAGAGGAUGGCAGCUGCCGCCCUGUUGCCCAGUGGCAUCCACAGCUUCCGCCGGUUCACGGCUGAGUCCCUGGCGGCUAUCGAGAAGCGUGCGGCCACACCACGGUCCAGACCGGGUGCCCGUGAGCCACUACCCGACCCAGGGGAGGAGCCGGCGCGGCCACAGGUGGACCUGCAGGCAUCCAGGAAGGUGCCAGAGCUAUACGGACGGCUACCCCGGGAACUGGUGGGCGAGCCACUGGAGGAUCUCGACCCCUAUUACAGCACCCACAAGACCUUCAUUGUGCUGAACCGGGCCAACACCAUCUUCCGGUUCAGUGCCACCCCUGCACUCUUCGUUCUCAGCCCCUUCCACCCACUCCGGAGAGCAGCCAUCAAGGUCCUCGUGCACUCGCUGUUCAGCUUGUCCAUCAUGUUCACCAUCCUGACCAACUGUGGCUUCAUGGCGCUAUCUGACCCGCCCCCCUGGGCCAAAUAUGUGGAGUACAUGUUUACGGCCAUCUAUACGUUUGAGUCUCUGGUGAAAAUCCUGGCUAGGGGCUUCUGCAUGAACGAGUUCACAUUCCUGCGAGACCCAUGGAAUUGGUUGGACUUCAGCGUCAUCAUCAUGGCGUACAUCACUGAGUUUGUGGAUCUGGGCAAUGUCUCAGCUUUGCGCACCUUCCGCGUCCUCCGAGCCCUGAAAACAAUCUCGGUCAUUUCAGGGCUGAAGACCAUCGUGGGGGCGCUGAUCCAGUCAGUGAAGAAGCUCGCGGACGUGAUGGUGCUGACGGUUUUCUGCCUGAGCGUCUUCGCGCUGGUUGGGCUGCAGCUCUUCAUGGGGAACCUGCGGCACAAGUGCGUGCGGGACUUCUUCCCCCUCAACGGCACCAACGGGUCCGUGGCCGCGGUCGGUAGGACCUGGGAGUCCCUGGAGGACUUUCUGGAUGACCCAGACAAUUACUUGCUCAAGAAUGGCUCGUCCGAUGUGCUGCUGUGCGGAAACAGCUCAGAUGCAGGGACAUGUCCCGAGGGAUACCGAUGCCUGAAGGCUGGCCAGAACCCUGACCAUGGAUACACAAGCUUCGACUCCUUCGGCUGGGCCCUCCUCGCCCUCUUCCGCCUGAUGACUCAGGAUUAUUGGGAGCGACUCUACCAGCAGAUUCUCCGAUGUGCUGGAAAAAUCUACAUGAUCUUCUUCAUGCUGGUCAUCUUCUUGGGCUCCUUCUACCUGGUGAACUUGAUCCUGGCCGUGGUGGCCAUGGCAUACGAGGAACAGAACCAGGCCACCAUCGCGGAGACUGAGGAGAAGGAGAGAAAGUUCCAGGAGGCUCUGGAAGUGCUGAAGAAGGAGCACGAGGCUCUGGCCACCCGAGAGCUGGACACCGGAUCUCGCAGCUCACUGGAAAUGGCCCCAUUGCCUGGCACAGCACCUCAGGGCCCAGAGCUGAGGAGGGACGGGAGGUUCCUGGGCAUGGGCGGACCCAUCAGAGACCCCAAAUUCCUCCUAUCUGACUCAGAAGACAGCCAGUGCUCAAAGCCCGGCCCCCAGCGGGCCUCAGGAAAGAGGCGGGGCAGCCGCGGGAGCAUCUUCCCAUCCCGGAGAAGAGGCGGCGACUCGGAGACCGACUUUGCUGACGAUGAGACCAGCAUCCCAGGCGAUGGCUACGGCCACCAAGGAUCUCUGCCAGUGCCCUGGCCCCUCUGCCGCCCCGGUGCCCCCGGCCCAUCUCCCCAAGUUCCCCCCUCAACCACCACAAGCAGUCCGGGCCACAACAAGCGCCACAGCAGUGUGGACUGCAAUGGCGUCGUGUCCCUGGUGGCUGGCAGCAGUGACGUUCUUGGCCCAGACCCCACAGCCCUGCCCAGGCUCCUCCCUGGCCCCACGGAGAUGCUGCGGAUGGAGGAGACGACGACACUGUCAGAUGGGGUUAGCCAGAAACAGCUACCUGAGGACCAUUCCCAGGGUCCGUUUGAGCGGCAGAGGGCGUUGAGUGCAGCCAGUGUCAUCACGAGCGCCUUGGAGGAACUGGAAGAUUCCCACCGGCAGUGCCCCCUGUGCUGGACCCACUUUGCCCAGACCUACCUGGUGUGGGAUUGCUGCCCUUUCUGGCUGUCCAUCAAGCGGUGGGUGAGGUUCGUAGUCAUGGACCCAUUUACCGACCUGGCCAUCACCCUGUGCAUCGUGCUCAAUACCCUGUUCAUGGCCCUGGAGCACUACGACAUGACACCUGAGUUUGAGGACAUGCUGUAUGUUGGCAACCUGGUUUUCACUGGGAUUUUUACAGCCGAGAUGACCUUCAAGGUCAUCGCCCUGGACCCCUACUACUACUUCCAGCAAGGCUGGAACAUCUUCGACAGCAUCAUCGUGAUCCUGAGCCUGAUGGAGCUGGGGCUGUCCCGCAUGGGCAACCUGUCUGUCCUGCGCUCCUUCCGCCUGCUGAGGGUCUUCAAACUGGCCAAGUCAUGGCCGACGCUCAACACCCUAAUUAAGAUCAUCGGAAACUCGGUGGGGGCUCUGGGGAACUUGACUCUGGUGCUGGCCAUCAUUGUCUUCAUCUUUGCUGUGGUCGGCAUGCAGCUGUUUGGGAAGAAUUACGAUGACCACAGGCUCAAGAUCAGCCCUGCGGGCAGCCUUCCACGCUGGCACAUGGUCGACUUUUUCCACUCCUUCCUCAUCAUCUUCCGCAUACUGUGUGGCGAGUGGAUCGAGACCAUGUGGGACUGCAUGGAGGUGUCUGGCCAGUCGCUGUGCCUUCUUGUAUUCCUGCUGGUCAUGGUCAUUGGCAAUCUAGUGGUGCUGAACCUGUUCCUGGCCCUGCUCCUGAGCUCCUUCAGUGCCGACAGCCUUUCCGCCCCCGACGAGGACAGGGAGAUGAACAACCUGCAGCUCGCCUUUGCCCGCAUCCAGCGGGGCUUCUGUGCCCUGCGGCGUCUGUGCGGUCACGCUCUGCGCCCACCCUGGCCCCCCGCUGCCUCAGGGAAGCUGGCAGCCCCUCCAUCCUCGGGGCUCCUGCCCGACUGUGUGUACCUCUGCGCCUUGCCAGACCCGGCUCCGGAGCCUGAGGGCCACAGGGAGACUAACCCAGCUGUGGGGGCUUUCCAGGGUCAGGAUUCAGUCCUGCAGCCCGAGGACUCUGUCACCGAUCCCAAUGGGGCCAUCCGCGUGCCCAUUGCCCCUGGGGAGUCAGACAUAGAUGACCAUGAAGAUGAGGACAGUCUCUGCACGGACCAGGAAUCCAACCAGCAGAGGCGCGAGGACAGCUACUCGGAGGGCAGCACGGCCGACCUGACCAACUCCGUCGACCUUCUGGAGCCUCUUCCUGGUGUAGGGGAGGACCUGCAAGACCCUGAGGACUGCUUCCCUGAAGGUUGUGUCCAGCGCUGCCCAUGCUUCAUGGUGGAUACCACGCGGUGUCCUGGGAGGGUGUGGUGGCGCUUGAGGAAAACCUGUCAUCGAAUCGUGGAGCACAACUGGUUUGAGAGCUUCAUCAUCUUCAUGAUCCUGCUGAGCAGUGGUGCCCUGGCAUUUGAAGACAUUUACCUGGAGGGGAGGAAAACUGUGAAAGCCCUGCUGGAGUAUGCUGACCUGCUCUUCACCUACGUCUUCGUCCUGGAGAUGCUGCUCAAGUGGGUGGCUUACGGCUUCCAGAAGUACUUCACCAAUGCCUGGUGCUGGCUGGACUUUCUCAUCGUGGACGUGUCUCUGAUCAGCCUGGUGGCAAAUGCCCUGGGUUACGCCGAGAUGGGUCCCAUCAAAUCUCUCCGGACACUCCGGGCCCUGCGACCCCUGAGGGCUCUGUCCCGCUUCGAAGGGAUGAGGGUAGUUGUGAACGCCCUGGUGGGGGCCAUCCCAUCCAUCAUGAACGUGCUGCUGGUCUGCCUCAUCUUCUGGCUCAUCUUCAGCAUCAUGGGGGUCAACAUGUUCGCUGGCAAGUUCGGACGCUGCGUCAACCAGACAGCAGCAGACAGCGAAGCCCCCUUGGACUCCUCCCUCGUCAACAACAAGAGUGAUUGCAGAGUGCUCAACACCACGGGAGAGCUGUACUGGACAAAAGUCAAAGUCAACUUUGACAAUGUGGGGGCCGGGUACCUGGCCCUCCUGCAGGUGGCGACCUUCAAGGGUUGGAUGGACAUCAUGUAUGCGGCGGUGGAUUCCCGGGGGUAUGAGGAGCAGCCUCUGUGGGAGCACAGCUUGUACAUGUACCUCUACUUCGUCAUCUUCAUCAUCUUUGGCUCCUUCUUCACGCUCAACCUCUUCAUUGGCGUCAUCAUCGACAACUUCAACCAGCAGAAGAAAAAGUUAGGGGGCCAGGACAUCUUCAUGACGGAGGAGCAGAAGAAAUACUAUAACGCCAUGAAGAAGCUCGGCUCCAAGAAGCCACAGAAGCCCAUCCCCCGGCCUCUGAACAAGUACCAGGGGUUCCUGUUCGACAUCGUCACCAAGCAGGCCUUUGACCUCACCAUCAUGGUCCUCAUAUGCCUCAACAUGGUGACCAUGAUGGUGGAGACGGACGACCAGAGUGAGGGGAAGACCAACAUCCUCGCCAAGAUCAACCUGCUCUUUGUGGCCAUCUUCACCACCGAGUGUGUGGUCAAAGUGACUGCUCUGCGCCACUACUACUUCACCAACAGCUGGAACAUCUUCGAUUUUGUGGUGGUCAUCUUAUCUAUUGCCGGCAUGGUGCUCUCGGACAUCAUUCAGAAAUAUUUCUUCUCCCCCACGCUCUUCCGGGUCAUCCGCUUGGCUCGCAUCGGCCGCAUCCUGAGGCUCAUCCGUGGGGCCAAGGGCAUCCGCACUCUCCUCUUUGCCCUGAUGAUGUCACUACCGGCCCUCUUCAACAUUGGUCUACUCCUCUUCCUAGUCAUGUUCAUCUAUUCCAUCUUUGGCAUGGCCAAUUUCGCCAACGUCAAGUGGGAGAGUGGCAUCGAUGACAUGUUCAACUUCCAGACGUUCGCCAACAGCAUGCUCUGCCUCUUCCAGAUCACUACAUCGGCUGGCUGGGACGGUCUCCUGAACCCCAUCCUCAACACGGGGCCUCCAUUCUGUGACCCAAACAUCACCAACCCCAAUGGCUCCAAGGGCAACUGUGGCAGCCCUGCCAUUGGGAUCAUGUUCUUUGUCACCUACGUCAUCAUCUCCUUCCUCAUCGUGGUGAACAUGUACAUUGCCAUCAUCCUGGAGAACUUCAGCGUGGCCACCGAGGAGAGCACUGAGCCACUGAGCGAGGAUGACUUUGACAUGUUCUACGAGGUCUGGGAGAAGUUUGAUCCCGAGGCCUCACAGUUCAUCGGAUAUGAAGCCUUGUCGGACUUUGCCGAUGCCCUGCCUGAGCCCCUGCGAGUUGCCAAGCCCAACGGAAUUAAACUCAUCCACAUGGAUUUGCCGAUGGUGAGCGGGGACCGAAUCCACUGCAUGGACAUCCUGUUCGCCUUCACCAAGCGUGUGCUGGGGGAGUCGGGUGAGAUGGACGCCCUGAAGAUCCAGAUGGAGGAGAAGUUCAUGGCAGCCAACCCGAGCAAGGUGUCCUACGAACCCAUCACCACCACAUUACGCCGGAAGCACGAGGAGGUGUCUGCCAUUGUAAUCCAGCGGGCGUUCCGCAGCCACCUGCUCCGGCGCUCUGUGAAGCAUGCUUCCUUCCUCUACCGCCAGCAGGUGGGCGAUGGCGACGUUCUGGGGCCUGACCCGCCCGAGUGCCGGGGCCUCAUCGCUGACAGAAUGAGUGAGAACUUCUCCUGCCGAUCAAGUCCCACCUCCUCCAGCUUCUUCCCACCGUCCUAUGACAGCGUCACCCGCAUCACUGGCGACCGCACCCAUGCUCAGGGGUCCAACUCGAGCGGGAGUGGCGAGUUUGGGGGGCUGCUAACACCAUGGGGUCGGGACCGUGAGUCCAUAGUCUGAGGCCGGGUGGUGGGGCCAGGGCUGGGGCCCGGGUGGGGAGCCUGCGGGAGAGUCAGGCUGCAGAGCGUUGGGGCUGCCCUGGUGCCCAGCUGCCCCCAACUCCCUCCGCACGGGCCCAGGAGCAUCUGGGUUGGCCGCUGCCAGGGUCCCUCAAGUGGACAGCCAGGGUGUCAGUGGAUGUGUAGACCACAGUGGCAGGCCGGAAGAGAGGGUGGCCCAAGGUCUUAAAAUCCUACCUUGCUGGGUGAGUUGUGCUGGGCAUUGGGGUCCUGGAGCGAGCGAGCAAGUGACCUCUUCCCCUGGGCUGAAAGGAACGUGAGUUCCUGGCAAUGGAUUCCAGGUGGGUGGUCGAGGGGAAGUUGGGGACAAGCUGCCCCCUCAUGGGAUGUCACAGAGGUGGCCGGACUCUGCGGCCUAGAUCCUCCCCGUUGGCCUCUCUGCCCGCGAGCCAGGGGCACCCGCCUGGGUGCCGCCAUAUUCAACAUGCUCUUACAGUCACUGGUGUGACCCUGGGCAUGGGACCCCACCCUGCCCCCCUGGGCACCCCACUAAUAUUCAAGGGGUUUGGGCCUAUUGACAUCUCCCCAAGAUCCACUGGAUUGCCUCCUGGCCCCCCACUAUGUCUGUACCCCUGGGGUUUGGGGCACGACCCCGGGCUCCCAAGGGAUUGGAGCUUCAGUCAAGAGCCAUUUGGCCCGGAGGGAGAAUCAAGCUCAGCAUAGAUAGAUCCGCUGCACAGGUCCCUAGUGGCCUGGUGCCACGCUUGCUGGUGGUUUCUGCCUGGAACCUGAGGAGAGGAGAGACGAUCCCGGCACAGGGCUGGACUGUGGGAGAUUGGGAUCUGGAAUUUCCAGCGAGUCUUCCUGGCUCUGAAUUGAUGCUGUGGGGGUCCCCAGCAGAGUCCCAGAGCAGGUCCGUGGCUCUGGCACCCAGGUCCACUGGCAGACUCAGCUUCCCCUUGGGUGCCAGGGGUCACUCUUCUGAGAGUAUUCCCUGAAGAUGCUUCAUGUCCAGCUACCUUGGACAUCCAUUUCCAUCUCCCAUGAAGUGGCGGGUGGGGUGGAGAUGCGCUCUCACCCUGCCACCCCCUGCCCCACAGGCUUGGACCGAGGAGCCCAGGGGUUCCUGUGACAGCAAGUGGCCCCUCUUCUGAAUCUGCAAUUUCUGCCCUAUGGACACAGACUAGCCGACCACCAGGCCUGAGCACCGGGUCAGCAGGACAGGGUGACUGCA